GUGCCGUCAUUAUCUUCACUGGCCUCCUCUCUGUGGCUUUCUUGGGACGCAAGUUGAGGUAUUUCCAGUGGCUUGGAAUCGUAGCUGUUAUCGCUGGAUUAGUGGUUGUAGGCGUUUCUGACUUUAUAAGCGGUGAUACAGAGGGUGAAUAUACUCUGAACGGUAUCAUUACUGGUGAUCUUCUCAUCAUUGCUGCACAGGUUGUUACAGCAACACAGAUGGUAGUUGAAGAAAAGUUUGUGACUGGCUAUCGAGUGCCUGCUCUCCAGGCUGUUGGCUGGGAAGGUAUUUUUGGCUUCUGUACCCUUAGCGUCUUACUGGUCGCAUUCUACUGGAUUCCGGCUGGCAUAUUCAGUGGCAAUCCAAGGCAGGUUCUGGAAGAUGUUCCUGAUGCCUUUGUUCAGCUUGGCAACAAUCCUCUGCUCAUUGUUGCUGUCUUAGGUAACAUUAUCAGUAUUGCAUUCUUUAACUUUGCUGGGGUGAGUGUGACAAAGGAACUCUCAGCAACAACCCGCAUGGUGCUGGAUUCUGUGCGAACUCUUGUCAUCUGGGUCGUCUCUCUGGCUUUGAAAUGGCAGAGCUUUCAGUACCUUCAGCCCAUUGGAUUUGCGAUCCUUCUUAUUGGCAUGAUGCUCUACAAUGACAUGUUCAUUUUGCCAUUCUGCCGUAGGCGGGGAUGGAUCAAUGAUGCCCUUCCUGAGGACACUGAGCCUGUACUUGCAGGCAACGCGUCUGGCCAGUCAAACGAAUCCCCACAUUCGAAGGAGGGUAUUGAUAAUCCCGAUGCUACAGUCGAACCUUUAUAAAGACUUUGCAGCUAUUCCUCAGUCCAGGCAGGCCUGGAAGCUAAUCAUUAUAAGUGAUCAAAGGUCCUGUUUUUGUAGAUUACACCUGCAGUUCUGUUAGCAGGCCAUUAUUUACCAAAAAGGAUUUUUAUCCCAAUAAGAAAGCUUCUUGUGUUCUUAUUGCUUGUUACCCCCAAUUUUAAUUAAGAUAAGAUAUUUACAUUUGAAAAUUACUUUACAACA